GCUUAAGGCAGAAAUAGACAGCUUGAGUUGUGUGUAGAAAGUAAGCAAAUAGCAAGGAAAUUACAUUUUUAAAUUAAACAUGCCUCCCGUUAUUGUUAAAUUCUCAAAUUCAGAGUCAAAAUGCACGAAAAGAAUAUUACCUAAUAGUUUAACUGAGUAUUCAAAUGAUUCCGAUGAUAGUAUUCGGGAAGAAAAGUAUGAAAAUCAACUGUCAUCUGAUGAACUUUCUUAUGUUUAUGAUACAAACGACCCAUUAUCUGAGAAUGAUUCAUUUUCGGAGACUCCAGAUGAAAAUAUGCAAUACGAGAGUGAAGUUGAAAUGCCUGACUCAGGAAACAUCGAUCAAAUUAAAUUUAUAUACGAUGGUAAAAAACUGCCCCAAGAAAUCGUUGAAACGCGUAUUGUAAACAAUGAUGGUACAUCUCAAAUCUAUCUUGUUUCCGCCGAUGAAAAACAAUCAGCUAGUCAAAGUGUAAUCUGGGACGUACAAGGGGAUCUCAUAGAUAUAUCAUCAAAGCCUUUAAAGAAAGAAGAUGAAGUUCUGGACUUAGAUGAAAAACCUUACCCUUGUGAUCAGUGUGAAAAAGCAUAUAAAUAUGAAUGUCAAUUGCGAGAUCAUAGAAGAAUGCAUUUUGGAGAACGACCUUUUGUUUGUGUUGUGUGCGAUAAAGCAUUCACAUCAAAGAAUAAUCUUAGAUCCCACGAAAAGAGGCACAAUGAAGAAUUUAGUCAUGUGUGUUCAAUUUGCUCUAAAGGUUUCUACAAAGCAUAUUAUUUAAAAGUACAUAUGCGAAAGCAUACUCGUGAGAGACCAGCUCACUGUGAUGUUUGUUCCAAAAAUUUCUUUUCUAAGGCAAGCCUUCAGAAACAUCAACGCCUGCAUACUGGAGAAAAACCUUUUGCUUGUGAUAUAUGCGGGGAAAGAUUCACCGUCAAGGCAGUUUUGAUGAAUCAUCGUAAUUGGCAUCUUCCUGAAAAAGCUUUCAAAUGUGAAAUAUGUAAUAGGAGUUUUAUCAGGAAAGAGACUUACAAAAUACAUUUAUUAAGACAUGAAAAAAAUAAACCUUAUAAGUGUAAUAUGUGUUCUAAGAGCUUCUGUGUAAAGUUUGAACUAAAUGAACAUGUAGCCACUCAUAGCAAGGAAACUCCAUUUGUAUGUGUUGAUUGUAAUCGAGGUUUUAAAACUGCAACACGUUUAAGGAAUCAUAAAAAAUUUAGAUGUAAUCGGCCGACUUGGUAGCAAAAACAACUCUUAUGACCUAAUAUUUGCUAAAAUUUUACUAUCGUCGUGUAUAGAAUUUUUUUAUUUUUUUUUCUAUUUGCAGUUCAAGUUUAAUAAUUAGUUUAAUUGGGUAACAAUUUUUAAAGCUAUGUUUUCUAAUCUCUCUAUAAAAUAUUUUGAUAAAACAGUGUUUUUUGUUUACUGCUAUAACCUUUUUUACCAUUUCCUGUACUUGUAAUAUCUUUCAUAAAAAUACCCUUUUUUUUCUAAGUGAUAUCAUUAUCUAAUAAACCUCUUACUUUUUUUUUGUUCUCUUGCAUUAUAGAUUUUGACAAUGAAUUUAGCAAGAGCCCUGCCUCUUUAAAAUAAUUAUAUUCCAGCUAUAUCUUAUCAUUUUAGGCUGUUUGAUUUACCAUUGUUAUUUUUUUAAUAUACCUUGUUAUAACUGAUUAUCCUAUCAUAAUCAUAUUGUAUUCAUAUCCAUUUCAGUUUUAUUGUUGCUUUAACUGUUAUUUAUUGCUUUGAUUGAUCAUUACAAAGAAAAUCAUUUAUUACUACCUUGUGCAAAUUAAAUGAUUAAGUUAGCAAAAUCUAAUUUUUGAGUUUAUCAAUGUCUCAUAUUUGUGUUUAUUUUCAAACAGCAGGUUAAUUUUUCUUUUGCUAACUAAGUUUUUUUUUCUGCCCUCUCCAGGCAUUUGCUAUCAAAUUCCCUAUUUUUCAUCCCCAUAUCAAAAUGCAUCGAAUGUAUAGUAAAAACACUGGAAUACCAUACAAUAUUCCUUUCCUUUUACUUCUUUUACAAAAUAAUGCAUGUCUUCUUUAAAUUUAAGAAAAAAUUAUUUCUUCUCAAUAGUCAAGCUAUUUACAAUUUUUAAGUAUUUAUUUAAGUCUUACACAGUUCUGCAAUUGGUAGGGAGGGAUUGUUGCGUUAAAUCAAUUCAAAAAUUUCACUUCAUUUUUAAUUUUCCAUUAAAUUAAUAUAAUUACUAUAUUGAUUUAUAAAAAGAAUUGGAGAGGGUUUUAAAUUUACAAGAUUAAGCAAACAAACUAAUUUAUUUAAUUUGUAUUUAAUGAAGUAUAAAUUGAACAUACAAUAUCUACAUACUAGUUAAGAGAGAAUGGUUCAAAGAUUUUUUAAUGCAGCUUAUAAAUGUUCAAUGUGUCCUCCCCUACUUACUACCUACCAUUGCUUAAGCUCUUAAGCACCACCCAAGUAGUGAUAAAUAGUAAUAAAAAAAUUUGGAUUUUGGAACUUUUACUAUAAUUGGUUUGGUUUAGUUUUACUAUAAUUCAUAUCAAAUUUAUAUUUUGGGAAAUAAAAAUUUAUUGGGUUUUGUCAUUUGAAUUACCUUAUAUAUGAAUGACCAAUAAUACCUUAUAUACAAAUCAAAACAAGUUUAAACUUAUUCUUCAUUAAUCUGAUCAAAAAACACUAAAGAUUAAUAAUGAUCAUAAAACAUUAAGGUUCUUAAUAGGUAAAUAAUUUUAUAAGUUUCUACAAUUUUUAUUUAAAUUUUUUUUAAAAAAGUUCUACACUUUGGAAAUAAAUAAAAAAUGAGCUGUUUAAUUUAAGAUCUUUAAGCAAUAACUGCGAUGUUUGCUUUCAGAAAAAAAGGUGAAGUGAUAUUUUAAACAUGGUCUUUAAAGAUAAUGAAUUAAAUCCCUGGAAUAGAAAAAUUUGUGAAUUAUAAAAUAUAAAUUAUUUUUAGAUGAUUGGUGCAAUAAUUGCCAAUAUCUUUAAACUUUAUGUUAUUCACUCAUACAGAAAAAACGAAAAUUCUAUGUGUUAAUUUUAAGCAAGGUUGAUUGUUAUAAAUUUUCUUGUGAUUAUAUUUCACAAACAUGCUUUUAUCAUUUGUAAGUAUUAUUUGUAUUUUUUUUUUUUUUCAUUUGUUUAUUCCAUUGUUGAGAAAUAAAACUAUGGCAAAGCAGAAACA